CCCGCUUCACUGUCGGUCUUCCGAGAAUGGCAUUUGUGUGUGAAAUUGCAUUAGUUUUUGUGUGAACAAGUGCAUAUUUUUGAUUAAAAAAGUGCAGUGUGUUGUCCUUGCAUUCGUUUUCCGUUGUAUUCCGUUAGUGCAACAUUAUGUGGGAUUUUGUUGGUACAGUGUGUGUAAAAUUUAGUAAAUGACCCGUCGGGGUGGUAUCCCGUGGAUUGUUUCAUUGUGCUGAGCAGUAAAUGUAAUGGGCAGGCUUCCCGCUAACAUUACUGGAAUUUAAAACAUUCGGCCCAUCAGGGAUGGACGAAGGUUUGCUGAAUGACCUCCUCGAGUGUUCGGUGUGCCUGGAGCGGUUGGACACGUCGUCCCGGGUCUUGCCGUGUCAGCACACGUUCUGUUUGAAAUGUUUGAAGGUCAUAGUCGAGUCCCACAAGGAGCUGCGAUGCCCCGAGUGCCGGAUCCUGGUCGAGGCGAAGGUGGAGGAGCUUCCUCCGAACGUCCUCCUCAUGAGAAUCCUCGAGGGCAUGAAGAAUUCGGCUCCGAGGAAACCUACUGGCUCGGGGCACAGGACGAAAGCGCAGCUUCAAUUGGCCCAGUUGCAACAAGGCCAGCAACAUAUGGGGCGCGCGGACGGCAAGCAAAUGCCGCCGCACGCUAGGGCCUUACACGACUACAUCUCUAAGGAGCAGGGAGAUCUUUCGUUCAAGAAAGGCGACAUGAUCAUCCUGCAGAAGAAGUUAGACCCGUUCUGGUACCAGGGCGAGUGCUCUGGCCGGACCGGGAUGUUCCCCAUCACUUAUGUACAGGUGAUUGUGCCACUGCCGGUCCCUACGGCGCUUUGUAAAGCUCUCUACGACUUUCGCAUGUCAGCGCCGGACGAGGAAGGAUGCCUUGCUUUCGACAAAGGCGCGAUAAUAACAGUCCACCGGCGCGUGGACGAGAACUGGGCUGAAGGUCGUCUGGAGCAACGCGUGGGCAUCUUCCCCAUCGCCUUCGUGGAGCUAAACCAGCCCGCUAGGCAUCUCAUGAACAGUACUCCGCUAAACCGUCCCGUGCCCCCGUUGCCAGAACACGCGAGAGCGGGCCACUCCGACCACAGACAUCACACACAGCACGCGCACCGCUCCCAGCAGACGUCGCUGUCGCUGGGCGCGGCCGGGCCCGGCGGCUACCAGCCCGCCAUGGCGCACUCGCACCCCGCCUACCAGCAGCCGGCGCACCCGCAGCAGGUGACUGGUGUAUGUCACUUCCAGCACGCGCACCGCUCCCAGCAGACGUCGCUGUCGCUGGGCGCGGCCGGGCCCGGCGGCUACCAGCCCGCCAUGGCGCACUCGCACCCCGCCUACCAGCAGCCGGCGCACCCGCAGCAGGUGACUGGUGUAUGUCACUUCCAGCACGCGCACCGCUCCCAGCAGACGUCGCUGUCGCUGGGCGCGGCCGGGCCCGGCGGCUACCAGCCCGCCAUGGCGCACUCGCACCCCGCCUACCAGCAGCCGGCGCACCCGCAGCAGGUGGUGGUCCAGCAACCAGUGAACCAGCACGUGAUAUCCCACGGGCUGGUGUCCCGCGAGCCCAAGCACUCACUCGACCUCAUCCAUCUACACCUCCAUCCGCACGUCACCCGCGUGGCCGACGCCGGCGCCGGCCCAGCACUGGGCAUACAUGCCGUAGCGCGAGUGGCUGAUUCUUGCGACCGGUUGCGCACGAAAUUCGACCCUUACGCGACUUCUGCGCCGAUUCACAAGAUCGAAACUACGUAUCAGAAUGUGCGGGCGCAUGAACACUUUCCUGUGAAUUUCAGUUCAAACAACGCGAGCUCAGACUCGAGCUCGAGUAUGAACACACCAUCGUCGUUCGGCGUGAGCUCCACCACCACGCCCAACAGCAGCAGCAGCGCCAGCGCCUGUGACAGCGCCGAGCCCAGCCUGCCCAGCUCGCCCGACAACAACGCCUGCCCGCCCACCGUGCUGCCGGCGCCCGAGCAGGAAUCUUCGCUCAAUACUUCAAUGGGAGUACUGAGUCUAAACGAGAGUUCCACCGCAACCAACACGUCUCUCAACGUCAGUUUGCCGCCUUCCGAGAGUCCCAAACUGAACGCCUCCACCGCAUCGAAUGCGAGCGGAUCGGCGACGCAAGCCGCGCAGAAUCAAGAUGCGACGGAGAACGCUACUAGUGAGCCAAGACUGGACGCCCCUUCAUCUUCUAAGACCGUAUUGCGGUCUAGUGGGCCGGACUCCCUACUCAACUUCGGCCUAGGGCUACAAGCGGCGCUGUCGCCUGCGCACAAGGAAUACGCGGGGCGCGCGCGCGACAAGCGGCACUCGCUCACGCCGGCCGAGCAUCUUCAAGGAUCGCACGCUACGCAGAACAGACAUUCAGCAGAGAUCCUCACCACCAGCUUACUAGACCACGUGCCAGAGCGGGACAGAGACGGCGGCCAGCGCGAGAGGGAGCGAGAGAGGCGACGGCGGCGCUCGCGCAGUAACGAGCGGCCGCUGCCCGCUGCUUACGUCGCGCUGUAUCCUUACAAGCCGCAGAAGCCAGACGAGCUGGAGUUGAAGAAAGGAGCGGUGUAUACAGUGACGGAGCGUUGCCGUGACGGCUGGUAUAAAGGCUGCGGCGAACGUUCCGCGCGAUGCGGCGUGUUCCCCGGCAACUACGUCGCGCCCGCCAAGCACUCGCCGCGCCUCAAGCACGACAAGGCUCACAUCGCUACGGCGGUACAAAAGCUGCGGCGAGCGCACGACAAAAUAUGCGGAAAUGGACCUUGCGAGCCCGCAAUAUGGCUCUCAUUGCUGCGCUGUUACAAGUCUAAGCUCAAGCACGACAAAGUACGCGAAACUACACCCUACCGCCUUGUAAUACGGCUCACAUUGCUACGCUGGUACAAAGGCUGCGGCGAGCGCUCGGCGCGAUGCGGUGUGUUCCCCGGCAACUACGUCGCGCCCGCCAAGCACUCGCCGCGCCUCAAGCACGACAAGGUGAUACAAGGCUGCGACUUAAGCACGACAAAGUAUGCGGAACUACACCUUACUGCCUCGCAAUACGGCUCACAUUGCUACGGCUGGUACAAAGGAUGCGGCGAACGCUCGGCGCGAUGCGGCGUGUUCCCCGGCAACUACGUGGCGCCCGCCAAGCACUCGCCGCGCCUCAAGCACGACAAGGCUGGUACAAAGGCUGCGGCGAACGUUCGGCGCGAUGCGGCGUGUUCCCCGGCAACUACGUCGCGCCCGCCAAGCACUCGCCGCGCCUCAAGCACGACAAGGUACAAGGAAAUGGAUCCUACUGCCUCGCAAUACGGCUCACAUUGCUACGGUGGUACAAAGCUGCGACUCAAGCACGACAAAAUAUGCGGAAAUGGACCUUACGAGCCCGCAAUACGGCUCUCAUUGCUGCGCUGGUACAAGUCUAAGCUCAAGCACGACAAGAGCACGGCGUCUCCUGUGACAGCAGUCGCUAAGCCGACGCAGGCGCCGCCGCCCAGCAGCAGCCUAGCGCCGCCCGACGCGCCGCCCAGGGCGCAUUCCCCGCCCAACGCCAACGCACAACCGCUGACAUACCCUUGGAGCGUGAGUCCACAGGCUCAGCUACAGCAACAACAAAACACCCCUAGAUCUGAAAAAUCAAAAGAGAAAUCCAAGUCAGAAAAGUCGUCCAUAUCGACUGGCGUUAGCCUCAUGAAGCGGCUGGCAGCCAUGAAGAAAUGCAAGUCCCCGCCUCCCAGUGGCUACAGUAUGGACAAUCCUGUGUUCGAAGACGGGCCAGGGACGUCUCUGAUGCUGAACCUAGCCUCGCAACACCACCCCGUGCAUGUCAGGUCCGGCUCGUGCCCGUCGCAGCUUCUGCGCGCGCUGCCCGGCACCGAGCGGCGCCACAAGGAGCACGCCGUACUGUGCGUCCAUGAGCACGCGCGUUCAACCAACAACGACGGGCCGUGGCAGUCGCAGCACCGCAAGUCGCAGUCGCUAGACGUGACCGCGGUGCGAAGAGACCGCCACCAUUCGCAGAAUGUUAAAGAGAGAUUCCGCUGCAUCGUCCCUUACCCGCCGAAUUCGGAAUACGAGCUAGAACUGAAAGUGGACGACAUAGUGGUGGUAUCACGCAAGCGCGGCGACGGCUGGUACAAAGGCACGCUGCAACGCACCGGCCGCACCGGGCUGUUCCCAGCUUCCUUCGUGCAGAGUUGUCCGCACGAGUGACUGCCGAUGUAUUGGGUCAACCAACCAAUAGUUCCACGAGAUAAGUCCAAAAUA